AUGAAUGGUACAUCUCAGUCAUCCUACCUCAAUCUCCACUACCCGCCGAAAGAUGGCUCCCUGAACCACCCAGAGGUCCUCGAAUUUAACGCGAAAUACAACCCGGACGCCCCUUUCUUUAUCUUCCCUCGCGACGUGCAAGGCGACAACUUCGUCACUAUAACUCAUCGAGAGUUCCGAGAUGGCUGUCAUCGCGUCGCCCAUGCUCUUCGCCCGGGACGAGAGGGUCCCGAAGGCCAAGUAUUCAGCAUUAUCGCGAAUUCAGACUCGAUCUUGUACCAGACAUACGUCAUGGGCAUGAUUCUCGCAGGCUUGGUGCCGUAUCCGAUGUCUCCGAGGAAUUCUGCACCGGCCGUCGUGAGCAUGAUGACCAAGGUUUCGUCUCAUCACGUCCUUGCUACGCCGGAUGUUGCUAGGACGCUCAUUCGCGACGUCAAGCGAGAGCUGGAGGUGUCGACGAUAUCGGACUAUCCAUUACAUGUGGUCAACGCGCCCGAGCUAGGCCUCGUAUACCCUCAACUAUUUGCCGAGGACGCCUCCGGUUCACCAGUUGAGGACUAUCCUACGGUUGCUAAGCGUCCUGCCCUUUCGGACAUCAUGCUAUAUUUGCACUCGUCGGGGAGUACUGGGCACCCCAAGUCUAUUCCGCAGACAUACCAGACCUCACUGGGCUGGGCUCGUCUUCCAUUUGUAGAUGAUGUUCCCAGCUACCCUACGUUCUUGCGUAUCGGCGGCAUGUCUUUGCCUUCCUUCCACACUUUCGGACUCGGGAUACAGCUGUAUUUCCCGAUGUUCAGCCUUCGCCCUGUUAUCCUUUUCCGCCCGUCUUCGCUUGAUUCCCCUACCGCUUUACCCGUCGUGCCUAACACUGACAGCACCAUCGACUACAUCAAAAAGUCAAGUGCCAAUGCUAUCGCUGUCGUUCCCUCCUUCCUUGAGCAGUGGGCAAACGAGCCCAAGCACGUUGAGAUUCUCAAAGGAUUGGAGUUCGUGAUGUUUGCAGGCGGCCCACUUUCAAUCAAGUGCGGUGAUUACUUAACUGGGCAGGGUGUACGCAUCAUGCCACUGUAUGGUGGGACCGAGUUCGGAGGGGCGUCGUACGCCGUUCCCGACCCACGAACCUACUCCCGCGAGGACUGGAUGUACAUACGCAUCCCUGACAUGAUCAAGGUGCGGUGGGUCCCUCAAAGUGAUGAUACCUAUGAGCUGCAGUUCCUGACGUCAGACACGUACCAACCCUCCGUCGAGAAUCUUCCCGACGUCCGCGGCUAUGCGACUUCGGACGUCUUUCAGAAACACCCCACGAAAGAAGGGCUUUGGCGGGUCGUCGGGCGCGUAGACGAUGUCAUCAUACUCUCGACGGGCGAGAAGACCGUCCCGGUUCCCAUGGAGGGCACGAUCCUCGCGAACCCAGCCGUCGGCGGAGUCGUCCUCUUCGGACGCGAGCGCACUCAAGUUGGUGCCCUUGUCGAACCGCGAGUAGGUUACGAGGUCGAUACCAACGACCCGGCUCAGGUUGCCAAGUUCAGAAAUCUGAUAUGGCCCGCCGUCGAAGAGGCGAACAAAGACGCGCCCGCAUUCAGUCGUAUUUUCAAAGAGAUGAUCCUCGUCACGAACCCAGACAAGCCGAUGCUUCGCGCUGGCAAGGGCACAGUAAAUAAGAAGGCGACGAUCAAGCUUUACGAAUCUGAAAUUGACGAUUUGUACGAGACCAUCUUAGCGAGCACAAGCGCAGGUACGGACGUGCCACUGCCCGAGAGCUGGACGCCCGAGGUGGUCGAGCCAUGGAUCCAGACCCACAUCACACAUGUUAAUAACGAGAAGGAGGCUAAUCCAGACGUCGACUUCUUCGCUCAAGGAUUCGACAGUCUGUCUGCGACAUUCCUCCGAAACCGUAUCAUCGGCUCGCUCAAGCACGCGGACGAUCCAGAAACCAGAGAACGCGCGGGCAAGAUCAGCCAGAACUUCAUCUUCGCCCAUCCGACGGUGUCGCAGCUCGCGCGAGCCGUCUGCGCGAUCGUCAAAGGAGAAUCCGGCGAAGCUGCGAUUGACGUCGCUCAGCAUGUGGAGGCGAUGGAAGCAAUGAUCAAGAAGUACUCUGUCGGACUCCCUGGUGCUGGUGCGAAAGCGGCGCUGAACGGUCACGUCGCGAUGCCAAAGGGCGCAAGCGUUGUUCUUCUGACGGGCUCGACGGGUGCGCUCGGAAGCGAGCUCCUGGCCGGGCUUCUUGCCCGAGACGAUGUGCGGACAGUGUACGCGUUCAACCGACCCGGAAAAGGGCAGUCUCUUCUCGAACGCCAGGCGGCGGCGUUCGAACCGCGUGGGCUGGACACGGAGAUUUUGAAGUCUGAUAAGCUGGUGUUCAUCGAGGGGGACACGGAGCAGGAGAAGCUUGGCCUCCCCAACGACAUCUACGAGGAGAUCCGUACUUCGGUGACCCACAUCAUCCACAACGCUUGGCGCGUCAAUUUCAACCUCACCCUUCCCUCGUUCGAGCCCCAAGUCCAGGGUGCACGCAAUCUGAUUGACCUCGCUCGCGAGUCCGGGUCGGGGCAAGGCACUGUGCGGUUCAUAUUUGCGUCGUCCGUCACGUCUGCGCAGGGAUGGCCACGGGACCCGCACAGCGCCGCGGGGGAUGUGCCCGAGGAAAUCAUGCCCGACGCGAAGUUUGCUGUUGGUGGUGGGUAUGGGGAGGGGAAGUACGUCACUGAACAGGUCUUGAAACAAAGCGGUCUCCCAUCGACGAGCUUCCGUAUCGGUCAGAUGUCGGGCGGGCUACCGCGUGGUGCGUGGUCGACCACGGAGUGGUUCCCGAUCAUCGUCAAGUCGAGCGUCGGCAUGGGCAUGUUGCCCGAUGCCAAGGGAGUCAAUUCAUGGCUUCCUAUGGACGCUGUCGCGCGUGGUAUGCUUGAUGUCGCGUUCUCUGCCAACGAGCUGCCGGCUUUGCUCAACUUCGUGCACCCCCGCUGUACACCUUGGAGCAAGCUGAUAGAACCUAUCAGCGAAGCGCUGGCACCCAUGAACGGAGGAAAGAGUCUUCCUCUCGUGCCGUUCGCCGAGUGGUUUGCAGAGCUCGAGAGACUCUCUCAGGCCUCGAACGCAGGAGAUGAGGCGGAGAUCAAAAAAGUGCCUGCGCUAAAACUGCUCGACUUCAUGCGCGGCCUUGCCAUCUCAGACACUAUAGUGCGCGAAGCACAAGACGCGGAUGAGCUCCAGGCGACGGGAUUCCAGCCGUUUGCGACGGCUAAGGCACAAGCGGCGAGCGAGACGAUGCGUACGCUGGAACCACUUACUGCCCGGGAUGCGCUGCGCUGGGUCGAGUACUGGGAUUCCGUGGGUAUGUUCGCGAACGCUUGAUCGGGUAUGGGAGAGGGUUGUACCAUCUCAGACAACUUAAUCAUAUACAGUAUCUG